GGUUAAUGUAGACGGUGACAUAGUGCGAAUGUUACGCUCGGAAGCUGGCAAGAACCCUACCGUCAGAAUGGCCGGCAGUUUAGCACAAGUUUUGAUUUGCAAGCCUUUCCAUACUAUCUCCAUUCUGCUUCAGGUUGGUUACGAGCCACUUCCUCCGACGUUCAGGCAACCGAGCAUGUUCUUCUUCUCUGGGGGUUAUUACUAUCCUAACAUCUUCAAAUACAUGAAAUAUUUGGCAGACAAAGAAGGAUCCCGCCUAGUCCUCUACCGAGGUCUGACACCCCGACUAGGAGGGGUCUUCAUUACAAACUCUGUCAGGAGUGAGGUGUUAGCGGCACUUCCAGUUUCUACUAGCAAGUGUCCUCCUGAACAGAUUGCUUCUGAGGUAGGGAGGCAGUGCGCAGCAACAGCUCUAGCAGUGAUAACAUCGCAUCCUCUGCUAGUUGUUACUAACCGGAUGAUAGUUUCACUUAUUGGGGGAGAGGAUAAGUACAGUACUGUCACUGGUGCUAUUGCUACUAUCUUCACUGAGGAAGGUCUGUUAGGGUUCUACGCGGGUAUAAUCCCACAUUUAUUGGGAGAGGUAUCUGGUAAAGCUAUUGAGGUUCUCAUUCAAGAGAUAGUCGAGAAAAUGGAGAUAAACAAGAAGUUAGGACUUCCAGCCCCGGCAGAAGGUAAAACUACCCUCCCUGUAUCUGCUAUUCACGGCUUCCUAUCAUACCCACUACAGUUGACUACAACGAUAAUGACGGUUAACAACUGCGGGUUAGCUGUAUCUGAUCUCCCUGCUGUACAGGGUACUCAGGAGGGAUGGUUCGCUUGUAUCAAGGCUCUGUGGAACUCUGGUAACAUUAAAAGAGGUAGUAACCUGAUGUUCGCACGUAAAGCAGCCGACCAGUCAUGGCACACUCCUCCUACACCUGCUGCUGCCUUCGUCGAUUCUCCUCCAAAAUCAGUUUGUGAACAACGAACAUUCAACUUGUAACCUUGUCAAG